CUUUUUAAGUUUUAAGUUCUGUUUUUUUCCGGGACAGAAAGAGAGAGAAGAUCAAGAAAGCGGAGAAAUGGCGUCGGCUUUGAGAGCAGCAAUACUAGGGCACGUACGAGUUCCCGUGGUGGCUAACGGAUCUAAGCUGCUGACUCCUUUAUGGAUCCACCGGACCACCUCCGUUCGAUCAAUGUCAUCUCACGACGAUCAUCUCGAAAAGAGUCAAGUCAUUGAUAGAAUCCUCGAUAUCGUCAAGAGCUUCCCUAAAGUCGAUCCUUCUAAGGUGACUCCUGAAGUUCAUUUCCAAAAGGAUCUGGGGUUGGACAGCUUAGACAAUGUGGAACUUAUAAUGGCAAUCGAAGAGGAGUUCAAGUUAGAGAUUCCAGACAAAGAAGCUGAUAAGAUCGACUCCUGUGCCCUUGCAAUCGAGUAUGUAUAUAACCAUCCAAUGGCUAGUUAAAUCUGUUUUUGGCCUAUUUUUCUGUUGUGGUGUUUGGUUUUGCUGUAUAAGUUGAAGUCGGACAGGAAAAUAAUUAGAAGCAUUCAUGACUUCAUCGUCCUUGCAUGUUUGUUAAUUGAAAUAUGCAUCAUCAACAUGACUGCAAUUUUAUGCCUUUGUGAGACAUUGCAGUUGUGACUUUAUUUAUAUUGGUUUUCAUUAAGUCUUGUAUGGAUAAAGAUGUUUGCAUGGAUGAA